CUAGCCGGCUAUCAAUCCUCAAUGGCGUCGCUUGUUUCGUUCUCUUGCGUGGACGGACAGUUCUAACUGCCCUCAACAAUUUAAUCGCGAUUGUAGGAAUAAUGAGCCGAAGAAGAGCGUACGAGGACGACGACGAAGAUGAUUUCCGCGUUCGCAAGCGCCGGAGGGUCAGUUCGGAACCCAGAGAAAUAGAGGACCGGUUGAAGUCUUUGAUUGAAAGAGUCGGUGAAAAGAGCACGUCAUCGCUUGAAAGCAACCUGGAAGGAUUGGCCAGUGUGUUGGAUGCAGACCUCCCAAGCUACAAAGGAAACAUAUUAAAUAUAUUGGUAGAAUGUGCCAUUUUCAUGCCAGAGAAGACAACCAUCUACACAACGCUCAUUGGCCUGCUCAAUGCACGUAAUUAUAACUUCGGUGGUGAGCUUGUGGAGCUCUUGGUGAAAAAUUACAAGGAGCGGCUCAGAGAUUGCAAGUUUGAAGAUGCAAGGAUCAUUGUGCGAGUCUUUGCGGACCUCGUCAACUGCCACGUCAUUUCUGUUGGCUCGGUGGUCAGUCUCUUCGAAAGCAUGCUCGAGGUCACCCUUGAGGAAAACAUACCACAGGUUCGCUCUGACUGGUAUGUUUAUGCUGUCCUGACUGCAUUGCCAUGGGUGGGGCGAGAGCUCUAUGAAAAAAAGGACCAAGAAUUGGACAGGCUGAUGCGCCAUAUUGACGACUACAUCAGCAAGCGGCAGAAGAGGCAUGCCCCAGCUUUGCGUGUCUGGCAAGCAGAAGUUCCUCAUGCCCAGGAGGAGGGGCUAGACUGCCUCUGGGCGCAAGUGUCAAAGCUGCGCUCUGAGAAAUGGGUAGAGCGGCAGCUGGUGCGUCCCUACCUGGCAUUUGACGGUGUCCUGUGUGAGGCUCUGCAACACAAUCUGCCGAGCCUGCCCCCACCGCCACACCAACCACAUUACGUCUACCCCUUCCCCAUGGUGGUGUUUCGGCUCUUCGACUACACUGACUGUCCCGAGGGUCCCGUGCUGCCGGGCUCCCAUUCAAUUGAGCGUUUCCUGGGAGAAGAGCAGCUGCUUCACAUCCUGGAACGCAACUACGCAGAUCGUAAAGUCUGUGCUGCACAGCUACUGAGCUACCAAGGCAAGCUUAAGGUGCCUCUAGAGUACAUGAUCAUUGAGGUGAUCUUUGGUGAGUUACUGCGGCUACCCACCUCUAGGCACUUGGAGAUUUGCUACGGUUCACUUCUGUUGGAGCUGUGCAAGCUUCAGCCAAGCAGCUUGCCCCAAGUUCUUGCCCAAGCUGUCGAGCUUCUGUACGAGCAAUUGGACACCAUGAACACCGACUGUUUAGACAGGUUCUGCAGCUGGUUUGCCUAUCACCUGAGCAAUUUCCAGUUUCGGUGGACAUGGGACGACUGGGCCGAAGCCGUCUCCCUGGAUCCUCUCCAUCCCAAAGCUGUUUUCUUGCAGCAAGCAUUACAUCGAUGUCUCAGGUUGUCCUAUCACCAGCGAGUGGUGGAACUUGUUCCAGCCUCAUUUGCCCCCUUCUUGCCUGCAAAACCGGUCCCUGACUACCGUUUCGAGAAGGAAGGAGCAGACGGCCUGCCUGGUGCACCUGUUGCAGCUCGGCUGAGCAGCUGCAUCCGUAGCAAGUGCACACCCGAGGAAGCCCUCGAGGUUCUGGCCGAGUUACCCAACCCGCUGCAGGAGGACGAAGGCAUGGAGCCUGCAUACAACCCCCUAAAGAUACAAAUAUUUGUGGAGACCUUGUUAUACAUCGCAAGCAAAUCCUUCUCGCACUCGUUUGCAGGCAUUGCCAAAUUUCAUUAUGUGUUCAAGACAUUGGCAUCUACAGAGGAGGCUCAAAUAUGUGUUUUGCGUAGUACAUAUGACCUCUGGCACAACCACCAGCAGAUGAUGAUUGGCCUUGUAGACAAGUACUUGAAGACACAAAUUGUUGAAUGUUCUGCCGUGGCUAAUUGGGUCUUCUCCAAAGAUCUCGCACCCGACUUCAUGAGGCCUUAUGUUUGGGAGAUCCUACAUCUCACUAUACGAAAAAUGAUCAAGCACGUCAGGAAGUUGGAGCUGGAACUGGAGGAAGCAAAAAACAAGCUCAGCAAGGUUGACCCAGAUGACAAAGACCAUCCUACAGAGGAGAUGAUUGAGCGGAUGGAGGAGAAGCUGGAAGCCACUCAAAGUGACCUCAAGAACCUCUUUCUCAUCAUAUUUCAAAGGUUCAUCAUGACAUUGACCGAGCACAUCGGCCAGUGUGAGGUGGAAGGCACAAACUUCCAGACCUACUGGUUUCGGUGGACACUGGGUCGCUUGCAAGAAGUAUUUUUUCAGCACCAUGAACAUGUGUUCAAGUAUGUGACCACACUGGAAUCACUUUUGUUCACCAGCGACAUCGACCCUCAUGUGCUGGAAGUGUUCCAGCAGUUUGCAGCAUUACGUGCAUAAGCGAUUCAUUAAAUAACCAUCUUCACAGUUG